CCAAAUCUCAGUGACAGUCGUGAUCAUCUUUGAUUCUCAGAGAGGGAAGAAAGAAAAUCAAGCAAAAAAAUGGACAAAAACCCAAGUCUACAAGCUCCAUUAAUCGUCUACUCCUCCUCCUCCUCCUCCACAGAACCGAGCUCGAGACAGAAUAGGUUCAGCAGGAAUGAGAUUCUGGAAGAAGUGAAGAAGCAGCUAUGGCUUGCAGGCCCGCUCGUCUCCGUCAACUUCUUCACGUUUCUUCUGCAAGUCAUUUCGGUCAUGUUCGUCGGCCACCUGGGCGAGUUGCCCCUCGCCGGCGCUUCAAUGGCCACUUCUUUCGUCUCCGUCACCGCCAUAUCUCUUUUGAAAGGAAUGGCGAGUGCAUUGGAGACACUAUGCGGGCAAUCGUACGGAGCGAAGCAGUACCAUCUGCUCGGGGUUCAUUUGCAGCGAGCCAUGAUCGUUCUUCUCCUGGCUGCAAUUCCCCUGUCUUUCAUUUCGGGCUACGCCGAACCAAUCCUCCUCUGCCUCGGCCAGGAUCCGGAGAUCUCGGCCGAGGCGGGGAAGUACGCGCGGUUCGUGAUCCCGAGCAUAUUCGGGAUCGCCGUUCUGGAGUCCAACGUCAGGUUCUUGCAGUCCCAGAACAAUGUGGUCCCGCUGCUGGUGACAACCGGAACCACCACUCUGCUCCACGUUUUGGUGUGUUGGGCUCUGGUUUUCAAGUCCGGACUCGGCAGCAGGGGUGCCGCUUUGGCUAACGGAGUUUCGUACUGGAUCAAUGCCCUGUCCUUGUUCGUCUACGUGAUGGUUUCUCCUACUUGCAAGCAAACUUGGACUGGUUGGUCUAGAGAGGCCUUCCAUGGAAUUCCAGGGUUCAUUAGACUAGCCAUUCCUUCUGCCAUUAUGCUCUGCUUGGAGAUUUGGUCGUUUGAGGUGAUGGUUCUGUUGGGUGGAUUGCUUCCGAAUCCAAAGCUCGAAACUUCUGUUCUUUCCAUAAGCCUGAAUACAAGUGCAAUGAUCUAUAUGAUACCACUAGGGCUUAGUGCUUCUGUGAGCACAAGGGUUUCAAAUGAGUUGGGAGCUGGGAGGCCAAGAACAGCGAUUCUAGCGGUAUAUGUUGCGCUGGCCAUGGCGAUAACAGAAUGGACUCUGGUCGGGACCGUUCUGGUGUCUGGCCGGAACAUCUGGGGUCGCUUAUACAGCAAGGAAGAGAGAGUAGUGAAGUAUGUUGCAGAAAUGUUGUUGGUGAUAGCAGCUUUCCACCUGUUCGAUGCCAUCCAAUCCGUGCUCUCAGGCAUCUGCAGGGGAUGUGGAAAGCAGAAGCUUGGGGCCGUAGUUAACUUAGGUGCAUACUAUAUUAUUGGAAUUCCUUGCUCCAUUCUCCUAGCUUUUGUGUACCAUGUGGGAGGAAAGGGUCUGUGGAUAGGAAUCAUGAUUGCAGUGAUAUUCCAAGCACUGUUUCUUUCGGUAGUGACUCUAAAAACUAGCUGGGAGAAGGAGGCAAAGAAAGCCAAAGACAGAGUUUAUGGUGCCAUCAUUCAAGAACAAUGCCAUGCGUUGCCGUAGAAGAUCAGUCUGAUCGAAGAAGAAGACAAUACAGCUGAGGAAGGAAAUGGGUUACUGCCGCCCCGGGGUGCAUCUCCGUACGACGGGGAAAAAAAACAGAGCACUCUAGCAGGAGCAAAUUAAGGUUGAACGGAAGAACGAGCUAACAAGAACAAGUCACUGGUAUAAAGAGAAGAGGUCACUACAAAUAAGCAUUGUCAAUUUUGUUAGUGUUAUAUGUGUUUUGAGACCAACUACAGUAAUUUGGAUAUAAUGUUAAGUUAUUUUGUAUUUAAUCUUCGUUGUUUGUAGUCAGUGGCGGAUCCAGGAAAUAUA